CACGACGUCACAGGAAGUUGAUCUAAAAGCUAGCAGAUUUCAAACUGAGCGGCGGGUAGAAAAGACGACGCUUAAAAACAACCCAGACCCACAUUAAGGACUAAACAAACAAAAAAACUAGAAAAAUGACGAGUACACUAAAGGGAAUUACACUAAAGGGGAGCGCUGAGCUUGUGGCCGAGUUUUUUUCAUUCGGAAUCAACAGUAUUUUGUACCAGCGUGGCAUCUAUCCCCCGGAGACGUUCAGUCGAGUCACCCAGUAUGACAUGAGCCUGCAACUCACCACGGACACCAACCUAAAUAACUACCUGACUAAAGUAGUAGCUCAGCUCAAAGAGUGGCUCUUUGACUGCACCGUACAGAAGCUGGUGUUGGUGAUCACCUGUCUGGAGACCAACGAAGUGCUGGAGAGAUGGCAGUUUGACAUUGAGUGUGACAAGACGGUCAAACAAAGCAGCGCCCCCAGGGAGAAGUCUAUUAAGGUGAUCCAGGAUGAGAUCCGCUCGGUCAUCCGACAGGUCACCGCCACGGUCACCUUCCUGCCUCUGCUGGAGACGGCAUGUGCUUUCGACCUGCUUGUGUACACCGACAAGGACCUGGAGGUGCCCGAGAAGUGGGAGGAGUCGGGUCCGCAAAUCAUCGACCAAUCGGAGGAGGUGCGCUUGCGCUCCUUCACCACCUCCAUCCACAAAGUCAGCAGCAUGGUGGCCUACAAGAGGACCGACUCAGCCUAGCCCACACCCACAAGACCUCUGGAUAUCCAACCCACACCCACAAGACCUCUGGAUAUCCAACCCACACCCACAAGACCUCUGGAUAUCCAACCCACACCCACAGGACUUCUGGAUAUAGUUCCUUGUCUGUCACCGUUGCAUGCUGUGGGUAGAGAAACGAUGGUAGCUUUUACCCUUCAGUCUGGCCUGUUUCCUGAAGAGUCACAUGGUACAAUGGUGGAUAUAUAUGCAACAACGCCCUUCUUGGGGGUCUGUUGUAUUCAGUAUGCAGCCCCUGGUAUUAGGAUGCUAGCAGUUUGUGGAGCAAAAGAUGUAGUGCAGCACUGCUAAAUCAAAUGCAACCUGAAUGAUUUUUUACACUGUCCUGUUUUUCUACCUGUGCAGUUUCAUGUGUGUCUGCUGUUGUUUUUCCUGAUGCUACUGGGGCUGUUUAGGCACCCCGGUUCUCUGCAUUGAUGUAAAUGUCGCCUGUUAAAAUGGGGACUGAUCCAUUUGAAAUUAUUUUCUUUUUCUCUUUCAAUGUGUUUUCUUUUUGUCUGUCUUGCGUCAUGUGAGUUGACAAGUAUGUGUUGUUUUAGAUUCCUGCUAAAACGACAAAUAAAUGGGCUCUUUUGA